AUGUGUCUGAGUGGCCAAGUGAGUCCUUCCUUGCUUGAUUUGAAGUACUUGACUUACUUGGAUCUGAGCCACAACAAUUUCCAAGGCAGCCCCAUUCCCAGUUUCAUAGGCUCUCUCAAGAGGUUGACCUAUUUUGAUCUCUCCCAGGCAUCAUUUGGUGGAUUACUCCCUCCCCAAUUAGGGAAUCUCUCAAACUUGCACUAUCUUGACCUCACUGUUGACCCAUAUUCCAGUCAAGAUCUCCGGGUUUCGGAUUUAAAUUGGCUUUCCAGUCUAUCUUCUUUGAAUUACCUUAACUUGGGAGGUGUCAAUCUCAGGAAGGGAUCUGCUCAUUGGCCAGAGAAGGUCAGCAUGCUUCCUUCUCUAAUGGAGUGGCACUUGGUGGGAUGUCAGUUUUCUCAGUUCCCUGAAUCUCUAUCAUUUGUGAACUUCCCAUCGCUUUUGGUUCUUGAUCUCUCUUUUAACAACUUCAACUCCACAAUGCCUCAGUGGGUUUUCAACAUCACAACUCUUCUUGAGCUCACACUCACUGGUUCUGAACUCAAGGGCUCCAUUCCUGCUGUUGCAGAGGGUGUGCUGUGCAAACUGCGGAAGAUGGACUUGUCCUUUAAUAACUCGACAGGAAACAUAAGGGAGCUUGAUGUGGGCUUGUCCGGAUGCAAGAAUAUCAGCUUAGAGGAGCUAGAUUUGAGUGCCAACAAGUUCAAAGGUUUGUUGCCCGACUCUUUGGGAUUGCACAGAUAUUUGAAAGUUCUUCAACUCUCCUAAUUCCUUCUGGGACCGGUCCCGAGUUCUCUAAGAAAUCUGUCACGAUUGGUUGAGCUGAACUUGUCCUUCAACAAGAUGAAUGGUACCAUACCAGAGAGCAUAGGACAACUGUCGAAGCUGACCACUUUGGGUCUUUAUUCCAAUUCUUGGGAAGGUCUUUCUAUGGGAAGUCAUCUCCGGAAUCUAAAAGAGUUGGAAAAUCUCGACCUAUAUCAUCUUAUCGGGCUAGUUCGCUGAUGUUCGGAUUCACCCAUGGUUGGGUUCCCGUUUUCAAUCCAAGUUCCAUCCAGAUGAAGAAUUGCCAGUUGGGCCUGGAAUUUCCCAAAUGGCUGAAGAAUCAGAAGAAACUGUCGAGCAUGACCCUUUCAGGAGCUGCGAUUUCAGAUACAAUGCGCGAUUGGCUAUGGGAAAUGUCUCAACAACUUCGGACGGUAAAUCUUUCCGAAAAUCAAAUGGUGGGGAAGCUUCCCAGAUUCUUGGAUUUCGGUUCUCAAGCUAUAGUCAACUUAGCUUCCAACCGGUUGGAGGGUUCAUUUCCCCUCUGGUCGAAUGUGAAUCAACUCUCUUUAAAAGACUACUUGCUUUCAGGACCUGUCCCAGCAAACGUCAACCGCCGCAUGUCGGCCUUGAAGUACCUGGAUGUGUUAAACAACUCACUCUCCGGGGACCUACCUUCUUCAGUGAGCAGGCUGAAGAAUCUGGUCUAUCUUGAUUUAUCGAACAAUGCUCUCUCUGGAGAUAUUUACGCUGGGUGGACUGUUAUGCCGAAACUGAAGAUCUUGGAUCUUUCCAAGAACAAUUUCUCCGGUCACAUUCCCUGCCAGAUGUGCUCGUUACUACCUUCCCUUGAAUGGCUAAAGCUGAGCACCAACAGUAUUUCUGGAGAGUUACACUCUUGCUCGUUAAACUGCACUCGCCUGUACACACUCGAUCUAGGGAAAAACAGACUUCACGGGAUAAUACCGCAGUGGACUGAAGAAAGCCUCAAUUCCUUAUCGGAAUUGAUCCUCUGGUCCAAUAGUUUCAGCGGAAGAAUUCCUGAACAACUGUGCAACUCUCUGAAGCUGCAUGUCUUGGACCUUGCCAAUAACGACUUGUUCGGAGUGAUUCCCAGAUGUCUUGGCAAUAUGGCAGGGAUGAAAUCUUCAGGGCCUUACUACAAGUUACCCCCGGAAUUCCGUAGUUUUUACUCCGGGGAAGCAUCGAGUUAAACAUGAAUGGAAGGUCGAUGGAGUAUAACGAAUUGGUUCCGCCGGUGAACAUGAUAGACCUUUUGAUAAAUAACCUCUCAGGUGAAAUUCCUCCAGAGAUAUCAAAUCUCUCUACCUUGAGGGCACUGAUCUUGUCGAACAACCAACUGACGGGAAGCAUACCGGGCAACAUAUCGGGGUUGAAACAGUUGGAAACUCUCGACCUCUCAUUCAACCACCUUUCAGGCCAAAUUCCUCCUAGCAUGUCAUACUUGACGUCAUUGAGGAGUUUGAACUUUGUCGUACAACAACUUGUAUGGAAAAAUUCCCGGACACAGCCAGUUGCAAACGUUCAAAACACGCAGCUUUGAGGGAAAUCCAGGCCUCUGCAUGUUUCCGUUGUCACGAGAUUGCUCAAUUCCGACAGGGUGGAACGGACAAGAUGACGACGGCAAAGAUGAAGGAAAUAAGAUAGAUGAUCAAAUAUGGUUCUGCAUAAGCAUCAUACUAGGAUUUUUGGUGGGAUUCUGGUCUGUUUGCAGCACACUGGUGAUAAAAACGUCCUGGAGACGAGCUUAUUUCAAUUUCAUUGAUAAAAUGAAGGACAAGCUCUAUUUGGUCAUCCAACUGAACACAGCUCGUUAGCGGAGGAAUAUGGAGAACAGAACCUGAUGUUUCACUGAGAAGAGACGAGCAAGAUACUUCAUUUGAGUCAAGUUCUGCUUAUAUUAAUGGAUAUGGUCGUUAUAAGCUUCGGCUAAUAGUAUUAACUUCUGUAAAACCCCUGCCCUUUACCCCAUCCUACAGCACACAACAUAGAGUAAAUCAUUUUCAUUCAA